AUGUCCGACAUUGCGAAGAAGACGCUCCCCUCCCGCAAGGGAAAGAAGCAGCAGCAGCAGCAGGAGGUCUCCACCCCCCAAGAGGAAAACGUCCCUCGCUCUGCCCCCUCCCCUCCGGCUAUUGAUCUCCAGAAGGAGCAGAACAAGAAUCGGGAGGAGGAGGAGGAGAACGACGAGGUUGUGACCACGUCGGGGGAUUUCGAGGGGAAUGAUGGCAGUGAGGUGGAGAGGGAGAGUGGAGGGUAUACUCAUCUGGAGAAGCCCAAGGAAACAGAGGAGGGGAUUCAGAUGGAGGAUAAGGAGGAGGAGAAGCCGGAGAAGGUUGAGCCCAAGGCUAUGAGUGACAAGACGGAGACUGAGGCUGGGGAGGAUACUAAGACUACGACGGAGGAGAAGGUCGAGUCGUCUGAGAAGCCAGAGUCUGACAAGGCUGAGGAAGAGACCCAGACCCCCGCCGCGGAUAAGAUCUCUGAGGCGCCGUCGGGGUUGACGGAGCAGGCUAAGAAGGCUUUUGACCAGGCGAGCGAGAACCAGCCUACUGAUGAGGCGAGGGAGGAGUUCCUCAAGAGUGCAAAGGAGGAUGCUACCACCACAUCGGAGAAGCCUCCUGCCUCGGAGACAGUCGACAAGGCUGCCUCGGAGAAGCCAGACGUUGAGGCUGCGGAUAACAACAUCGACGAGCCUGAGCCUGCUGCUUCUGAGAAGCCAGACAUUGACACCAAGACCGUCAGCGACAAGGCCGAGUCUGUCGCCAAGUCAGGGUCCGAGAAGCCCGAUGUUGAGCAGCAAACAGAGAAAACCCCCUCCACCACCGGCACGGAGCAGCAGCAACCCCAAACUGAAGCUGGUGAGCAAGCACAAGAGCAAUUCGACCCCCACCAAAUCCAAGACGGCCAGUCACAGGUCCAGGACUUCUCCCCAUCCCAAGCCGAAGGUCAACCCGAAGGUACAAUCCAAGAGGACCAACCCCAAGGCGUCGAAGCAGGCGAGGGCUCCACCGUAGCCGAACAAAUGGACUUUUCCAUUCUCAAGAACGGCACCGUCAACAAAGGCGGCAACGUCGUUUCCGACGGCAAGGUUGUCGGUCGUGUCGUGAGCGGCAUCCUACAGUACCUCAUCGGCAAGAAGGUCGACGAAAACGGGGAUAUCUGGUCCGACAACGGCAAGAUCAUCGGCAAGGCUGAGCCCAUCUCUGACUCGGAACGUGAUGACAUGCUCAAGGAGUCUGCGCCGUUCGAGUCCUUCCCUGACGCGGUUGUUGACGGGAAUGGGAUGGUUGUCAGCAAUGGGGAGUGGGUGGGCAAGAUUAUCGAAGGGGAUGUCAAGCAGUUGAGGGGGAAGUCUGUUGAUGCUGAUGGGGAUGUGCUUGACAAGGCGGGGAAUGUGAUUGGGAAGGCGGAACGUUGGGAGCCGGAGGAGGAGGUGGAGGAGGAGGUUAAGGAGGUGGAUAAUAGCUUGUUGGCUGGGAAGAGGGUCAACAAGGCGGGGUAUGUGGUUGAUGGGAACGGGGUUAUUUACGGGAGGGUGGUGGAGGGGGAUCCGAAGAGGAUGGUGGGGAGGAUGUGUGAUAGGAAGGGGAAUAUUCUGAGUGAGAGUGGUGAUGUUUUGGGGAAGGCGGAGUUGGUUAGUGAGGGGGAGAGGGAGGGAUCCAAGGAGGGGCCGUUUGCCGAGUUGGAGGGGUGCACGGUUGCUAAGGAUGGGACUGUUGUUACGCCUUCGGGGGAUAUCGUGGGGAGAUUGGUGAAGGGAGAGGGCAAGGUCUUGUUUGGCAGGGCGGUUGAUGAGGAUGGUGAUGUGUUGGAUAAGAAUGGCAAUGUCAUUGGCAAGGCUGAGCGCUGGGAGCCCGAGGAGGUUCAGAAGUCCAAGAACCCCAUGUCGGGCCGCAAGGUCAACAAGGAGGGCAAUGUUGUUGAUGGUGAUGGUAACCUCAUUGGCAAGUUGACUUCUGGCGAUCCUCAGGUCUGCUCGGGCAAGGAGAUUGACGACGACGGUGAUGUUGUCGACCAGAAGGGCACUGUCAUUGGCCACUGCUCGCUUCUUGAGGGCAUUCCUGAGGUCAAGGACGAGGAGACACCUGAACAGAAGGAGAAGCGCGAGCAAGCCGAGAAUGACAAGAAGAUGGCCAUCCAGAUGUCUGUCUGCAUUGCCCAGUGCCUUGACAAGAUUCGACCUAUCUGCAAGAUGAUCACCGAGAAAAUCGACAAGGCAGAGCGCACUCCAGAAGACGAGCGCGACGAAGAGCAGCUUGUCAAGGAGGUCCGCCCUCUAAUCGAAGAGGGUGGCCGCAUCUUGACCGAGGCUCAAGGCAUCAUCAAGGGCCUCGACCCUGAUGGCCGCAUCUCGGCCAACGCCAAGCACAAGACUGCUGCUCGCGAGGCCACUCCGGAGGAGUACCGUCUUGCUGAGCUCCUCAAGGAUCUCACUGGCGAUGUCACUCAGUGCAUCGACAAUGCCAAGCGCAAGCUUGAGGAUAUGCCCCACGCAAAGAAGGAGCUCAACCCUCUGUGGGGUUUGCUCAACGAGCCUCUGUUCCAGAUCCUUGCCGCCGUUGGGUUGUUAUUGAGUGGUGUGCUCAACCUCGUUGGCAGAUUGCUGAGCGGCCUUGGAUUGGGAGGACUGGUUGACGGGUUGCUAGGUACACUCGGCUUGAACCGCGUCCUUGCCGGAUUGGGUCUUGGAUCCUUCAGUGACAGUCUCAAGUCGGGUAAGAAGAAGAAGGGUGGUCUUUUGGGCGGAGUCUUGGGUGGCUAA